AUGUCGCUCAAUCUGGUUGGCUAUGAGAGCUCUGAUGGUGAUGGCCAUCAAGAGCUAUCAUCAUCCAUGUCUAUUGCGCCCAGUGAACUGCACAAUCAGACCCCCCCAGUCAAUGAGACGUUUCCCACCAGAGAAGUCGCUAUGAAAUUCUUCAACCAACGAAACAAGCUCUACAGAGAUAUGGAGAUGGAUGGGGUUGUGAGACCCACUGCUGCAGAGGAGCACUCGCAAGGACGACUUUUAGGAGAACCCAGAGCUACCAGGGCGCUCCUACAAUUCCUAGCCAGUACCAGUGUAGCUCUACCCCGAGCACACCUACAGCGAACGGCGGAAAGGGCCCGGAGAGAUGAUGAAUGGGGACUGGAAGCAUUGGAGAAGGCAAUUAGAACAGGAGAAGGGUAG